UGUUAAGAUCCAGUAGAGAUCUCAGGAACAGACUCAAAAGAAAGAUCUAAAAGGACUACACAUUUCCUCUCAUGAGACGUUGAUUUACUAACCUGAAACAGAGCAGGAUGUUAGCUUCAGGAUCAGGUGGCCAGGAAGUCAAGCGCUUGCUGCUCUCGGUUAUGCUCCUUGCAGCGUCGGAGGCCGAGAGCGGCCAAGUCCAUUACUCUGUCCCGGAGGAAGCCAAACACGGCACCUUCGUGGGCCGCAUCGCGCAGGACCUGGGGCUGGAGCUGGAAGAGCUGGUGCCGCGCUUUUUCCGAGUGGCGUCCAAAGGUCGCGGGGAUCUUCUGGAGGUAAAUCUGCAGAAUGGUAUUUUGUUUGUGAAUUCUCGGAUCGACCGCGAGGAGCUGUGUGGGCGGAGCGCGGAAUGCAGCAUCCACCUGGAGGUGAUCGUGGACAGGCCGCUGCAGGUUUUCCAUGUGGAGGUGGAGGUGAAGGACAUUAACGACAACCCGCCAAUGUUCCCAGCGACACAAAAAAUUUUGUUUAUUUCUGAAGCUAGGGCUCUUGACUCUCAUUUUUCACUAGAGGGCGCGUAUGAUGCAGAUAUCGGGGCCAACGCUCUGCUGACUUACAAACUGAGCCCCAACGAAUAUUUCUCUCUGGAAGUACCCACCAACGAGGAACAGGUAAAACCGCUCGAACUAGUACUAAAAAAAUCUUUAGACAGGGAAGUCGCUUCAAAGCUUCUCUUGGUGCUCAAAGCAACUGAUGGGGGCAAACCUGAGCUGACAGGUACCACAGAGUUACACAUCACAGUGCUGGAUGCAAAUGACAACGCCCCAGUAUUUGACAAAGCAGUCCAUCGUGUAAAAUUACUGGAGAAUUCGAGAAACGGUACUCUGGUUAUUAGACUUAAUGCCUCGGAUUUGGAUGAAGGUUCCAACAGUCACAUUCUUUAUUCAUUUGCAACUGAUGUCUCCUCUAAUACAGAAGCCUCUUUUCACAUAGAUUCAGACAGUGGAGAAAUAAAAGUAAACGGAAAAAUAGAUUUUGAAGAAACUAAAUUAUGGAAACUUCAAAUAGAAGCAGUUGACAAAGGAAAUCCUCCGAUGUUUGGUCACUGCACAGUCUUAAUAGAAGUCUUGGAUAUUAACGAUAAUGCUCCGGAGUUGCUAGUGACUUCACUAUCGCUGUCUGUUCCAGAGGAUGCUCCACUGGGGACCGUCAUCGCCCUAAUCAGUGUAACUGACCAUGACGCUGGUGGCAACGGGCAAGUUACCUGCUCACUAACACCCCAUGUCCCCUUCAAGCUGGUGUCCACCUUCAAGAAUUACUAUUCGCUGGUGCUGGACAGCGCCCUGGACCGCGAGAGCGUGUCGGACUAUGCUCUAGUAGUGACAGCACGGGACGGGGGCUCGCCUUCGCUGUCGGCCACGGCCAGCGUGUCCGUGGAAGUGGCCGACGUGAACGACAACGCGCCGACAUUCGCGCAGGCCGAGUACACGGUGUUCGUGAAGGAGAACAACCCUCCCGGCUGCCACAUCUUCACGGUGUCCGCGCGGGACGCGGACGCGCAGGAGAACGCGCUGGUGUCCUACUCGCUGGUGGAGCGGCGGGUGGGCGAGCGUGCGCUGUCGAGCUACGUGUCGGUGCACGCGGAGAGCGGCAAGGUGUACGCGCUGCAGCCGCUGGACCACGAGGAGCUGGAGCUGCUGCAGUUCCAAGUGAGCGCGCGCGACGCGGGCGUGCCCCCGCUGGGCAGCAACGUGACGCUGCAGGUGUUCGUGCUGGACGAGAACGACAACGCGCCCGCGCUGCUGCCGCUGCCUGGGGCGGGUGGCGCGGGCGGCGCCGUGAGCGAGCUGGUGUGGCGGUCGGUGGGCGCGGGCCACGUGGUGGCGAAGGUGCGCGCGGUGGACGCGGACUCGGGCUACAACGCGUGGCUGUCGUACGAGCUGCAGCCGGCGGCGGGUGGCGCGCGCAGCCCGUUCCGCGUGGCGCUGUACACGGGCGAGAUCAGCACGACGCGCAGCCUGGACGAGGCGGACUCGCCGCGCCAGCGCCUGCUGGUGCUGGUGAGGGACCACGGCGAGCCGGCGCUGACGGCCACGGCCACCGUGCUGCUGUCGCUGGUGGAGAGCGGCCAGGCGCCCAAGGCCUCGUCGCGGGUGUUGGCGGGCGCCGCUGGCGCGGAGACGGCGCUGGUGGAUGUCAACGUGUACCUGAUCAUCGCCAUCUGCGCGGUGUCCAGCCUGCUGGUGCUCACGCUGCUGCUGUACGUGGCGCUGCGGUGCUCGGCGCCGCCCAGCGAGGGCGCGUGCGGGCCGGGGAAGCCCACGCUGGUGUGUUCCAGCGCGGUGGGGAGCUGGUCGUACUCGCAGCAGAGGCGGCAGAGGGUGUGCUCUGGGGAGGGUCCGCCCAAGACCGAUCUCAUGGCCUUCAGCCCUUGUGUUCCUCCCGGUUCAAGUUCUGGAGAUAGUGAAGAACAACGGGAUAUUUUCGGGAAUGAUUGUACAGUACUCACUAUUCAGGCGCAAGGUGUCGCUCUUUACUUGGUUGAAGUAGUUCUUUCAAGGGUUGGUCUGACCGGCCAGGAACGCCCCGUACAAAAACGACUCCAUCAUGCCUAA